AUGGGGCCCGUAUAUAAAGUCGCAGUGAUUCAGAUGCAUUCGGAGACCCUCCGAGUGGAAGCCAACUUCAAUAAGGCCACUAGUCUCAUUCGGGCUGCAGCCAACCAGGGUGCUCAACUAGCUGUUCUCCCCGAAUAUCAUUUAACGGGAUGGGCGCCCGAGGAUCCGAGUUUUAAGCCUAUCUGUGGCUCGUGGAGCACAUAUCUAGAUGAAUACCGCAAGCUAGCAAAAGAAUGCAGCAUCAACAUCGUUCCCGGUACGCUUGUUGAACUUCACGACGCGGGCAGCGAGUCCGAGAGGCUGCUAAACGCCGCAUACUUUAUCACCAACAAGGGAGAUCUAGCGGGAAAAUAUGUCAAGAAGAACCUCUGGGGCCCGAUCGAACGGGCUCACCUCACGGGUAGCGCACGCGAGCCUCACCAGGUAUUCGACACGCCGUUGGGCAAGGUUGGACUUUUGAUCUGCUGGGAUCUGAGCUUCCCUGAAGCUUUCCGUGAAUUGAUCGCCCAGGGGGCAAAGCUGAUAAUCAUUCCCUCGUUUUGGCUACUCAACGAGACUAGCGAGGGAGGAAGAGUCGUUAACCCGGUCGCCGAGAAGCUGUUCAUCGACUCGCUCCUGACUGGUAGAUGCUUUGAGAAUACAUGCGGGAUCAUUUUUGCCAAUGCCGGGGGUCCUCCCGCUCAGUCAUUUAUCGGUCUUUCCCAGGUGUGUGUUCCGUUUGCUGGCCCGUUGGCACGGCUUGACUGGGCAGAGGGUAUGUUGGUGGUUGAUUUGAACAUGGGUGUUAUCGAAGAGGGGGAGAGUUCAUACAAGAUCCGGGCAGACCUUGCGCGGGAAGACUGGCAUUAUGACUAUCGGCACACGCUUGCUAAGUGA